AUGCAGCUAUCUGCUUGCAAAAUAUCUGGUCUCGGCAAGGGCGGAAAGGGGCUGGGUAAGGUAGGUGCUAAGAGGCACCGUAAGGUCUUGCGAGACAACAUCCAGGGUAUUACGAAGCCGGCGAUCCGCCGCUUGGCUCGCCGCGGUGGGGUGAAGCACAUCUUGGGGCUGAUCUAUGAAGAGGCUCGGGGGGUGCUGAAGGUUUUCCUGGAGAACAUGAUCUGCGAUGCGGUGACCUAUACCGAGCACGCCAAGCGGAAGACGGUGACGGCAAUGGAUGUGGUGUAUGCCCUGAAAUGCCAGGGGCGCACCCUGUAUGGUUUUGGGGGCUGA